CUGCGAGCAGAGGAAUUUUUCCACUCACCUCUUAAUUUUUUGCGAGCAUAGGAAUUUCUCCACCCACUUCUUCGUAAAAGAAUCUCGCAGGGUAGAAUUACUCCAGUCAAUUAAAUAAAUCGAUGUUCAAGUGCAAGUGAUUCGUUUUGGAUAAACAGUCCUUUUUUUGGCAGUGCAUCAGACGCUUAAAGAAAUUUCCGCUUCAAAUGAGGAAAGACUAGAGAUUUAUUGCGUUUUUAUAGUUGUAAAUGCAACAUAGGCGAAGCCCUUAUACCCGCACCAGAUAUGUAUUUGGUUUUACUCUCUACCUUGCUUAUCCUAGGAACAAUACCUAUUAAAGGGUGCAUUACCAAUCUCAAUGGAGACAGCGGGGAGUUCUCGAUCAAUGAAACCUACUUGAAUAGACCGUCAAACUGUUCGUGGACAAUUGGCAAAGGCACAAGUGAUAUCGACUUCAUAGUCAUCAAAUUCGAACCCUUUGAUCUGGGAAAUCAUUGCUUUGCUGCUCAACGUAAAUACGUCGAAGUUUCUGAUGCGAAUCACCAGUUUAAAGUUAAAGAAUGUGGCGGAGGGCGUUCAUUUGAAGUUUUGAUUAAAAGGCAAUCGGCAGUUGUCAGAUUUUACUCAGAGAUAACCUGUCGCUGGGGACCGUAUUCGUCUUGCAGCCACGAUAGUCAAAAUAUUCGCCUAUCUUUCUAUGUUAUUUCAAAGAAACCUGAAGGUCUGAAUGCAAAGAGCUGGAAACCUACUAUAAAACAAACCAAACCUGGUGUAGUUACCAUUGGUUGGGAUCCCUUGACGCUGCCAUCAAAGAACUAUAUUGUUGUACCGUUGUAUGACUCUACUGCGAAAGAGGAACCAUUCAUUYACAUCAUUGAACUCAGAAAUGACACAUCCAUGGCAGUGGAAUACCUUAAACCUGCUACUUCGUACUCGUUCAAAGUCRUUGCUUUCGAUACGACGGGGWCCUUUAUYGAAAGCACUACAUCGUCUAUUAUAAUGAAUAAUGGCUCGGUAAGACUUAUGGGUGGAACGCUAUCCAACGAGGGAAGAGCUGAAGUAUUCAAAGACGGUUUAUGGAAUAAGAUAUGCUUUAAUGAUGAUCGGUGGAAUCCAAUUAGUGGCAAUACUUUGUGUCGAUCCUUGGGUCUGCCUGAUCUAUUAAAAUUUGUGUAUGAUAGAGAAUUUAUGACUACGACAUUACCAAUACAUUUGCUAGAGUAUAGUUGUAAUGGAACUGAGACAAGUAUCGAAGAAUGCAAAGAUACACAAUCCGCUUGUAAAGAUUACCGCCGGAGAAGAUUAUCUGGAGUAAUAUGUGGAAAGCAACCUGUUUUUCAUCAAACUAUCACUGACAUGGCUGGGGUCAUAACAAGCCCUGGAUAUCCAUCAUCCAUGACGAAAGCCGAUUACCGCUGGACAUUCAUGACAAAUUUGACACGUGGACGUGUGGCUCUCUAUUUUGACGUACUAGAUUUGCAACGUUAUGAAGGGUAAAGUACUAUAAGCUACAAGCACGCUCUGAAAAACAUGAAAAAGUGAGCUUUAUUGUGAGUUUUUUUGACCCAGAGGUGAUUGGGAAUCAUUAAAUUUUUCAUUUGCACGAUUGCGAC